AUGGCUCAACCUCAAGGCUUUGUCAAUCCUUCAGCUCCGGGUCAUGUUUGUCUAUUACAGAAGGCUAUUUAUGGAUUGAACCAGUCGCCUAGAAAGUGGUUUGAAACUUUUUCUACCUAUCUUUUAAAAUUUGGCUUCACUCAUAGCACUGCAGAUCCUUCACUUCUUUUAUAUCAUCAUAAUUCUAUUCAUAUUUACAUACUUGUGUAUGUGGACGAUAUUCUGUUGACUGGCAAUCAAGAUCCAACAAUUGAGAGGCUUCUGCUUGACCUUUCCAAUGAAUUCCAUAUGAAGAACUUGGGUCCCGUCUCCUAUUUUCUUGGUAUACAAAUCACUCUGACUCCUGAUGGAUUGCACUUAUCACAAUCCUCUUAUGCUCGUGAUCUGCUCACUCGCGCUGGCAUGUAUGAUUGUAAACCAAUCAGUUCUCCAAGUCCAACCAAGGUUUUAUCAUCAUCGGAUCGCCUGCUUCUUCCUGCUGAAGACGAACAAUUCAGACAUUUAGUUGGUUCGUUGCAGUAUCUAACUAUUACUCACCCUGAUAUCUCUUUCACGAUAAAUAAGCUAUGUCAACAUAUGCACCAACCGCUUGAAGUUGAUUUUAAGCUUCUCAAACAACUGCUUCGGUACAUUAAAGGAACUCUUCUCUUCGGUCUUCCGAUUCGAUCUGGACACCUUGAGCUCUUUGCUUACUUUGAUUCCGACUGGGCUGGUGAUCCCGUCGAUCGCAAAUCUACUUCUGGCUAUUGUGCGUUCCUUGGUGAUACGCUUAUUUCAUGGUUGUUCAAGAAACAGAAAAUUGUGGCUCGUUCCUCUAUCGAAGCCGAAUAUCGUGCUCUUGCCACUGCUGCAACUGUCCUUAUUUGGUUACGUUGUUUACUAGCAGAGUUUCACCUAUCUACUUCUCAACCCAAGGUGCUUUUCUGCGACAACAUCUCUACCAUAGCUUUGGCUAACAAUCCCAUUUUCCAUGCUAGGACUAAGCAUAUAGAAAUUGAUUUUCAUUUCAUUAGGGAUUGUAUUAAGAAUCAAGUUUUAAAAAUUACUCAUUUCUACACUAAUGAUCAGUUGGCGGAUUUAUUUACUAAAUCCCUUUCAAUCCAUCGAUUUUCUCAUCUCCGGAACAAGCUCACUCUUGCUGAAGCUCCGGCAAGCUUGCGGGGCCGUAUUAAACAAACCACGCUCUCUGAUGUUCAGCAAACCACGAUCCCUGUCACAAAGACCUGA